CACACACACACACACACACACACACACACACACACACACACACACCAUGUACAUAAGAUACCAACCAGCCACUUUGUUUACCUGUGUGUUUGUAUGCACGACACUGAUUGUAUUGUUAGCAACCUCCAUGUGGCUGCUACGCCCCUGGACACGCACAGAGAUAAUGGCGCUUUCUGAGGAGGAAAGCCCGUUAAUUCCCCGUAAUGCUCACCACCACACCCCUAACAUUCAGGUCAAGGCUGGUCCUCUCCUCGGCAUCCCGCUCCUGCUAGUGGUGACAUCGCAUGACCUCUCCUUGUUGCGCAGAUCAUUAGAAAGCAUCAAAGCCACCACACUGAACAGCGGCCUGCACCUCAUAGCCACCGUGGCAGACCCUACACAGCCCAUACUGGACCUCCUACACCAACACUCCUUCACAGUCCACUCCUACAGCACGGGGCCGAAGUCGUGGCUAGGUCGAAUGCUCCCAGAACUUCACCUGGCUGAGAAUCUCCAACAGGUGGCGCGGAAAUUUAAGAUCAAGAUUCCUGAGAACGUUUGCAGGAAAGAUACAAUUUCUGGAGAGGUUAAACUGCUUCAAACUCACGCUAAUGGCUCAAAUAUCAUAAUUUCCCGCCCUACAUUAGAUGAUAUGACCAAGAAUGAGAGGAAGAUUAUGUAUAUUGAUAACCCAUAUAACCCAAUGCAUCGCCGGGCUGUUCUUAAUGGUGGUGGUGGUGGUGGUGGUGGUGGAGAGUGCAAGGAGGUGGAGCAGUUAAAAGAGGCGAUGGACUAUGUGAUGCAGACAUAUCCUGAACUGAAAUAUUUGCUCCUGCUGGAAACUGGGCUGUCCCUUUCACCAGAUUUCGUGAGGUGUGUUUCAUUUCUUCGCCCAGAUCCUGCCAGCCUACAACAAGACCCAUCUCUCUACUGCCUCUCCGCUGCCAGCCCACUCUCCCUCCCUCACCACCCCGGCAACGCGUCACGCCUUCACAGGGUUGACCACUUCGUAGGAACCGCCACCCUCCUCCCGCGCCGCCUGCUGGAGGAAAUUGUGCAAGAGUUUGUGGUGUUUGAAGACGGUGGUGGUGGUGGUGGUGUAAAGAGGACGAGUAUAGAGUGGCUGACGGAGUGGCUAUCCUGGUGGGGGCGCAGGUACCGGCGUGGGUGCGCGGUGCCUGACGAGCCUCGAGUGUGUUCCCUGCACCACACACCGCCGCCACACACGCACCCUGCUCUGACCGCCCUGCUGACACUCUCGCCGCUACUAGUCUUCACGUGUAAGUCUCUCAUUACGUCCUCUCUCUUUCUCUCUCUCUCCAGGCUGCUUCACUACAAGUACAGCCAGAACGUGUAUUGGGACAUCACAGCGGCAUCGCCUCUUGGUGUUAGCCAGAUCAGCUGCCUCAAGCCAGACUUCUUCCCGCCUGUCAUGAAUGAAUCUAUUUACAUAAUUUACAUAAAAAUGGAGAAUUAUGAUGACGAUUUCACCUUCCACCACGUCAUGAAGUGUUUCGGCGUUGACCUUCCCAAAGCGGUGGGUUACUUUGAAGGGGUGUUCCAGUUCACGUUUCGGGGCAAGAGAAUGCUACUCCUUGGCAUUCCUUAUUCCCGCUUCUCGCCGAGCAUCAAGGACCACAACGCGCUCAUCGUGGCGGACAUACCCAAGCUGUUUGUGCACGGCCAGACCAACUACCUCAGGAACAGACACGCCGCCUUCACCUUCGACAAUGUGCUGGUCAUAGGGAGCACAGUGUAACACACACACACACACACACACACACACACACACACACCGCGUAGUGUAUAAUUUAUAGUGGUUAGCACGCUCGACUCACAUCGAGAGGGCCGGGUUCGAGUCCCGGGGCG